GUUUCGGAUUGUAAAGAGAGGGUUGUUUGCCCUUAAAUGAAAUCAGGACUAAUACUCGCCCAGAUUCUUACCUGAUCUCAGCAGAUUUUUCAUCUCAAUUCUCCUCUCUUUGGUUGCAUUCUGGCUAGUAGUUCAAUACAAUGUUGCAUCUCAUUUUGUUAAUUAUAUGCUUUAUAGAAAAAUCAGAUUCUGCGAAAUUCAGUUUAUCCGUAAUCCCAGCAAACCAACCAGUACUUAUUGGUCAAAAAGUAAUUUUGAGGUGUCAGGUACAAGGAAUACGACUUUCAACAAAAUAUGCAGUGUUAUUUCGGCAUAAAGAAAACUUAAUCUCAGAGAAGUGUUUCGUGUACGAAGCACAAAAGUAUCACCUAAUAUGUGAGCCAGAUGAUUGGCAAAGAGCCGAAACUUAUGAAUUACAUAUCAAAUCGGUUUCUUGGGCAGAUCGUGGUAAUUGGUCGUGUAUUUAUGCAGCAAAUAAAACCAUACAAACUCUUGAAGUAUAUGCGCCAGCUAAAUUGGAAAAGAUGGGUGUUUCAAGUUUAACAUCAUUUCCUGUGACAAACAAAGAAAGUAUGAUCAAAGACUCCAGUUCACCUUCAGAAUUAUCUUCUUCAUCGUCUUUGGCUACGGCUGGAUUGGAUUCAGCUUUAUCUAUCAUUGGCACACCACCUAGUCAACAUAUCGGCUUAGGCACUCGGACUAAUCCGUAUGAUUUACGUUCAGGACUAGGAAUUCAGCUUACUUGUGAAACAACUUGUGGACAUCCUCGAGCCAAUAUAACUUGGCUAGUCAUGAAUGAGACAAUGACUAAAGCAAUUAUGCCCACGAAUCCAAAUAAAAUUCAUGAAAAUGUUUGUAGUAAUUCACCAAAUACAAUUGAUAUGACAACUACUAAGUCGACUUUACAUGUUCAUUGCUCACAAUUAGAUAUUAUUGGUUUAAAUCAAGUUCAAUGUUCAGUGAAUGGACCACAAUAUAAAGAUACUUUAUUGACACGAAAUGUUUACAUAUUAUGUGCUGGUGGUGAAAGACCGAUGCGCUUAACAAGUGGUGAAGUUGUCGGCAUAGCUGUUGGUUCAGCAUUAGGUUUAAUUUUAGUAUUUAUUGGUUGUAUUAUUUUGCGUAAUAAUGGGAAAUCAUCUCCUUUACCAUUUCAUGGUCAUAUACCCGGUCAACGUGUAUAGGAAAACAAGAAUUCUUUUUUCUCCCUCUGAUUUCAUUGUUCACAAUAAUAUCUGUUCUCAUUGUUUAUAUUGUACAAUUUUGUCAUUUUUUCUCUACAUACUACUGAUAAUGAUAAUCAUAGUAGUAAUAGUAGUAUUCUGUAUUGGUUGCAUUUACAACAAUGCAUUCCCAUAAUUCAAUUGUUUUCUUCUUCUUUUUUUAUUUAUUUAUUUUCCAAGUUCAUAUUAGCAUAAAUUUCAGUUUUGAUCAUUUUCAUAUUAUAAGUGGGUCUAUAUUUGUUUGCUUUUUAAGCAUAUAUUGCUUUAAUAAUUAUUUGUAUUGCAUUUUUGUCUUUUUUUAACACACAUCAUUUUAUUCUAAAGUCAAUUAAUUUCUAGUUACUUAUCUUCUCAUUUAUUAUUUCUAGUUUUAUGCAUUUUUAUCUGCGAUAAAAUGUUUUUAUAUAUUACGACUACUACUAAUAAUAAUAAUAAUAGUAAUAUUAUUAUUAUUGUGUACUCGUUAUGCUGAUUCUAAAGUCAAUGAAAUUUGUAUUGUUAUGAUUUUUCCGCUUGAUAUCAGUUUUUCUACACAGCAAUUAACUAAAGGGAGGUAAACAUAAAACUUUGCGAAAUAUUUACUGUAAACGGAAUCUCUGGUAGAGAUAAUAAUAAUAAUAAAUGAUUAAAUGUACGUUUUGUGACAUCAUCUAGGAAUCAAUACCGAUUAUUCAGCAUAUUAGGAUCUCAACUUUUUUUUCUACUGGUAUUACAUUUGAACAUGUCAAUAUUGAUACUUGAACAAAUUGAAUUGUCCUUUUCUGGGUUACUGUUUUACUUUGUAUUUUUCUUUCAAAUGAUGUAAAUAGGUAAAAAAAAUUUCGUUUUUUUUACUCUUUAUUGCGUAUGUAUGUAUGCUUUUGAUACUUUUGAAAUUUAUAUUCAUUCGUGUUCUAUUAUCCUAUAAAAUUCUGUUUCAUAAGCUGUUUUAUUCGAAUUAAAACUUAUUAUUUCCAUUCCUCAAUGUUCUAUGAAACUUUUAUUGGAAGGAAAAUUGUCGGUGGAACAGAAAUUUUGCUGAAUUAGUAAUCAGUUUUUGUAUUCAUAUUGAUAAUCUGUUGUUGUGUUCCGCUAUCCGAUCUAGUUAUAAUAUAAAGUACCUAUGGUAGAUCAAACUCACCA